CCAUUGGCUACUGGCCCCGACGGCUUCAGCGAGGGCCACUGCGCAUGCGAGGGACAGAGCAGGACCCUGCCGACGGCUGGGUAAAGGACUGAGAGAGUGGUUGUCGGAGGAACUGGUGACUGAUUUGGGGGAAACUCCAGGCGGAGCUCGCCAGAAUCCAGGGGGAAACAGGAAGAGUAGGGGAUGGAGGGCGGACGGUUCCCUCGGAGCGGCGGGGAGACAGCGCGGGUCUGCGGGCGGAGCGGCACGUGCGAGUGCGGGCUGUGUAAAGACGCGACGUCGCCGGCUUUGCUUUUCUAGGCCACUGCCCACUCUCCGUAAAGGCAGACAUGACUAAUUUCCAGAUCGAGUAGAAGGAUGCGAUGACGGAGAUCAGUGUCAUUUGAGGAUGUAGCUGUGGACCUCACCCAGGAGGAGUGGAAUCAUCUGGAAUCUUCUCAGAGGAUACUUUACAGAGCUGUGAUGCUAGAGAGCUAUAGCCAUUUGGUCUCCGUGGGGUGUCCUGUUACCAAACCAGAUGUGAUCACCUGUUUGGAGAAGAGAGGACUUCAGAUCAUAGAGAAAUUCCAAGUUUCAGUUAUACAGGGCCUGAACAGCCUCAACCCCAAAUCAGGACAACCUCCCCCUUCCAUUCCACAUGGAGCUAAGUUUCCUGUUUUCUGAGUCCCCGAAACCUUCGGCCUCCAUUCUCAGGGAGGUAUAGGACUUCUGAGUGCUCCUGACCUGGACAAAAUCUCCAUGUAGUCGAUGAGGAAACAGCACAGGGAAGAGUUCUGCCCUAGUUACAAAGCUGGUGAAUGGGGGUUUGAAACCAGGCUGUCUCCAUCAUGUUUGUUUGGUUCUGUCUUCUUCCUUGCUGUGUUCCCAAUGUCUGGAAUACUGUCUGUCAUACAGGAGAAGCUCAUGUUCUAGUGGUGCACGACUCGCAAUAAACAAGAAUUCGAGAUUGCUUCUGAUGGGUCUUUAAAAAAAUCUAACCCCUCUCACGGCUCCCCAUUCUGUCUAGAAUGAAGCAUGAGCUCUGUUCCUGGCAGAGGAGGCCCUACGGCAUCUGCCCCCCCCCCUCCCUCACACCUCCUACGCUCCCAACACACUGCCAGUUUCCAUUCCUCCCAACACGCCAAAUUGGUCCCACUUCCCGGCCAAGAGGCUCUUUUCUUCGGCUAUUUGUGUGGCCGGCUCCUUUUGGUCAGCAAAACUGUCACCUCCGACGAAAGGAUUUCGUUCCUGCCCAUACAGAGAAAAGAACCCGUCAGCUGCUGCUUAACACAUUGGCUUCACCGCGGGGUGUGUGUGUCCUAGGUCGCCGUUUAUGUAUCCUUCAGCUUGUUUGUAUGCUGUCCUUCAAAACUCCCGGCUUUAGCCACUGGAUGGAGCCAGUGUGACCUUUCCCAACCUCCCGGCCUUUGUGCAGGCUGGGCGAUUCUGCCACGCGUCCCGUCUUCCUGUUCAAUUACACCUGUAAACCCGACGCUGCCCUUCGGGUUCAAGACACCAAAUUCCCGCCUGCCAGAAUUUUCCUCAGUUGGGCAGUUCCCCUCCCCAUCAUAAGGAAAAUGGUUUUCGAAGCCUCGGGCAUGACGGUCUCUGUAGAACCAAGUAGACACCUGCUCCACACCACAGCCCUCGAGGCGUAGAGCCCCGGUGGGCGCGGCCAUCUCAAAGCAGGGACCGCGCGGGCGCGGCCAUCUUCCCUCCGCGCAGGCGCCGCGGCCCCGCCGCGUUCGCGUGGGGCCAGGGGGAGGGGGGCAGGAGGGGGCCGGGUGUUGACUAUUGGCGGACGCGGGCUCAAAGCCCCCACUGAGCGUGCGCACAUCCAACCGCUGCAACACUCACAGUGACCUGCGCUAAGGGUUCAUACGCACUCCUCAGGCUCCUCCUUAGGCGCCCCCGCCUCUCCCCGUGCCCCUCUCCCAUUGCCCGCGCCCCAGGGUAGGGGCCUGAUGUGAAUGCUUCAGCUGAAGUGAAUCUGCACCCGAAGGCUUCCUUCUGGCUCCUGGGCAAGCCGGCCCCAGUGAGGAUUAACUUUGGCAUUCAUAAAGUAGACGCUGAGAUGAAGCUCAGCCUUCGCACAUCUCUGCCUUUUCCCAAGAAGAACAGGAAAUGGCCAAACCCCAGGUCAAGAUUAGAAGAGGACGAGGACCUCCGAAUCCCCACUCAUGCCCUUUCCCAACCAGUACCACCCAAACCAGUACCACCCACAAAGGGACUCGUGACAUUUGAGGAUGUGGCUGUGGAUUUCACCCCGGAGGAGUGGGAGUACUUGAACCCUCCACAGAAGACUCUGUACCGAGAAGUGAUGCUGGAGACGUACAGCAACCUGGUCUCUGUGGGACCGCAGGGGACCAAACCAGACCUCAUCCUCAAGUUGGAGGUCAAAGAGCCAUGCCUGGGAGAAACAAAAAUCUCCUUCUGGAGCUUUCCAGCAGUCUGUCAAAUUGGUGAACAGAUUGAGAGACAGCACCAGGAUGACCAAGAUAGGUAUCUGUUGAUGCAAGUUGGAUUCCCUGACAAGAAAACAAUUAUCACCAAGACUGGCCAUGACUAUAAUGAAUUUGGAAACGCAUUUCAUCUGAAUACAAACCUUGUUGCUUCAAUCCAAAGGUCCCAUAAAUAUGAGCCAUUUGGAAAUAAUAUGGUAGAUAGUUUAGACUUAUUUACCAGAAGCUCUGUAGGAAAGAAAUAUGAUAGUGGAUGUGCAAAGUUAUUUUUCCAUACGGAGUAUGAGAAAACAACUCCUGGAGUAAAGCCCCAUGGAUAUAAAGAGUGUGGGAAGGCCCACAGGCGGAAGAAAGGGCUCAGUCUACAAGAGAGAAUUAAAAAUGGAGAGAAACCCUUCGAAUGCACUGCGUGUAGGAAAACCUUCAGCAAGAAGUCACACCUCAUUGUACAUUGGAGAACUCAUACCGGAGAGAAACCCUUCGGAUGUACUGAAUGUGGAAAAGCCUUUAGCCAAAAAUCUCAGCUCAUUAUACACUUGAGAAGUCAUACAGGAGAGCGACCUUUUGAGUGCCCAGAAUGUGGAAAAGCCUUCAGAGAAAAGUCAACCGUCAUCAUACAUUACAGGACUCACACAGGAGAGAAACCUUAUGAGUGUAAUGAAUGUGGAAAAGCCUUCACUCAGAAGUCAAACCUCAUUGUCCAUCAGAAAACGCACACGGGCGAGAAAACUUAUGAAUGCACUAAAUGUGGGGAAUCUUUCAUACAGAAGCUUGAUCUAAUUAUACAUCAUAGUACUCAUACAGGAAAGAAACCCCAUGAAUGUAAUGAGUGUAAGAAAACUUUCAGUGAUAAGUCAACUCUUGUUAUACAUCAAAGAACUCAUACAGGGGAGAAACCUCAUAAAUGUGCCGAAUGUGGGAAGUCUUUCAAUGAGAAGUCAACCCUCAUCGUGCAUCAGCGAACUCAUACAGGAGAGAAACCCUAUGAAUGUGAUGUGUGCGGGAAAACCUUCACCCAAAAAUCCAACCUUGGUGUACAUCAGCGAACUCAUUCAGGAGAGAAGCCUUUUGAAUGUAAUGAAUGUGAGAAAGCAUUCUCUCAGAAAUCCUAUCUCAUGCUCCACCAGAGGGGUCACACAGGAGAGAAGCCCUAUGAAUGCAGUGAAUGUGAAAAGGCAUUUUCCCAGAAAUCAUACCUCAUUAUACAUCAAAGAACCCAUACAGAAGAAAAACCCUAUAAGUGUAAUGAAUGUGGCAAAGCCUUCAGAGAAAAGUCCAAGCUCAUUAUACAUCAGAGAAUUCACACAGGAGAGAAACCCUAUGAAUGUCCCGUAUGUUGGAAAGCUUUCAGCCAAAAGUCCCAGCUCAUAAUACAUCAGCGAACACACACAGGAGAGAAACCCUACGCGUGUUCUGAGUGUGGCAAAGCCUUCAGAGAAAAAUCCACAUUCACUGUACACCAGAGAACUCAUACGGGAGAGAAACCCUAUAAGUGUGCAGAAUGUGGAAAGGCUUUUACCCAAAAAUCAAACCUGAUUGUACAUCAGAGAACACACACGGGAAAGAAAGCCCACGCGAAGGGCCAUAGCCGGAAGUCAAAGCUCAUCACACAUUAACGAGUAGAUCCAAGGUGACUGUUAAGGUUCACCAAGGGAAAGUGUUGUCUCAUUAACGUUUUAAAGGUACGUUCUGAUUUCUGGUUUAAAUAUGGGGAGUAAAAGGCUCUUUUCAUCUCAGUCUUCACCCAGACACUAGAAGGAGCAAAAGAGGAAGUAUAAUCUCUGUAUCUGCCACAAGGAGGAGAUAGCGGAAACCCUGCCAAGAGCGCAGCUGGAGGCAGAGGGGACCACGCGCCAGUGCAGGAGAUCUCAAAGCAAACACUCAAGGCUGCACACGUGGGGCUGCACUGGUGAGGACUCACCAUUUGAGGUUCAGGAUAUCCCCCAAGUGCAAGGCCAACUACAUCCACCACGGUAACAGUGGGCAUUGACAGGUGGGAGUUAGGAUGUCUCCUAGACCCAUUUGGGGUCUGAGGAGAGGCUGGCAGAGGCCUUGACAAGAAAUCACUCAGACAAGCCAUAUUUGUAGAAAGUAGUCUGCAGUCAUGAGAGGAGCCCUUGACAGGGGCUGGGGCAGGAGAAGGGGGUGUUCCUUGUGAAGAGCCCUGCAGCUGCCCCGGUUUACGGACUCUGGAGAAGUCAAACCGAAAAGAAAUACCAAAUGGGAGGGGGGGAACAAUUUUAAGAAAAACUCUUACCUGCCUAGAAUGUGGCCCCCGUUUCUUACCCUACAUGAACCUCUGGGGAACAGCAAGUCCAGGCAAAACUCUUACUCAAAUAAUGAUUCCAAAGUAAUGAAAACCACAAAGGCAAUGGCUUUUGGGCCUACAGUUCCACUUCUAGGAAUGUAUAUACUCAUGUACGUACGAAAUGAUGACCACGCAGAGAUCUUCACAGGCGCACUGUGAAAACAAAAGGUUGGAAGCUAUCUAGAUGACAGGGGUCUAGAUCCCGAAAUCAUGGUAUGUUCAUACAGCAAACCUCCUAGGUAGACAAAAUGAAAAAAAAAAAUUGUGUGUGUGCGUGUGUGUGUGUGUAUAUAUAUGUAGAAAUAUAUAAAAAUUUAUAUAUAUACAUAUAUAUAAAGAGAACUUGGACAUCAUCUGUGUAGUGAUGUGGGACGAUCUCCAACAUGAUUAGGUACAAAAAGCAAGAUGCAGGAUCAUGAAUAUAAUAUGCUACCAUUCGCGCAUAAAAACAAAUUGUAAGUACGUAAUUGAGCAUAUAUGCAUCAACUCUCUCUGGGAAGAUACAUGAGAAGCUGCGAACCCUGAUUACCUCUGGGAAAGGGCAGGGGAAGUGGGUGGCUGGGGGAAUGGAAUUGGGAGGGAGACACCUCUAUGUCCUUUCAUAACUUUUGAAAAUUGUGCUCUGUGGCUGUACUACCUUUUCAAUAAAUAAAACCUUUUAAAACGAAUAUUUUGUUCCAUUGCUGUGAUAAUGAAGUUAGAUUGUAGAUACAGGAUUUC